AGGUCGGGGCAUUUAUUAAAAACAUGUUGCUAUGUUACAUGAUACAUGAUAUUCAUGUGUUAAGAGAGUAAGAGCAGUAAUAUGUACAGCUUUGUUAAAAAUAAAAACAGGAUGAUGACAUUAGUACAUAUGCGAGUCUAGGUCAGAUGUGAAGCACUGAAGGUUCACACUGUCCUUGAUGUUAUAAGGCAAGGCGUUCCAGUAUCUGAUCGUGCGGGGGAAAAAGGAGUUCAGUUAUAAAGUAGUUAUAUUUAUAUUAAAGCAGUAUUUUCCAUGUUUUCCAUGUAAAAGUUGUGUAAAGUUUCAAAAAAAGAGGACCCUAAAACUAAACACAUUAGCUAAGAAACCCACAUUUUCAAAGGCGAUUUGGUGUUGUGUAGAUCUACUUGCAACGAAAACGUAUUAUAAAAAUAAAAAAAAAAGAUAAAAUUAGUUUAUCAGAGACAAAUAAAAAAAUAGUGUCAAUACCAGUGCUGCUUUCGGGAAUCGAACCCGGACCCAGAAGGGGAAAUUUUUGCGUACCUUUGAUGACGUCUACAAUGCGGAAUACCGGAAGUUGUGUAUCAAUUACCGUGUCGUAGUUUUUCUUUUUAUUCGUUUUUCUAAUAUUGAUGCAAGAAACGGCGUUCAGGUGGAAGUAAUCUCCUACUUCAUAGCUUAGAAACUUCAAAUUACCAGCAACUACUGAGAUAUAGCAGAAAUGGAUAAUGAUGAGAGAAGAAAGAUGAAGGAACUGUUGAAGGAAAAAGGGAAGGAAGAUGAACCUUUACAGUGGAUGUACAAGCAAAAUAAACCUGACACAGAGGACUAUCUUCUGGGAAAGAGACUGGACAAGUUUGAGGAGAAAGAAGAGACAAAAGAAGACAGCUAUGGAGCAUUGUUCAGUGAGAGAAUUCAGCACAACAUUGAGAAGGAUGCCCAGUCAAAAAUGAGAGAGGACCCACUGUUUGCAAUCAGGCACAAAGAAGAAGAGGCAAAAAGACGUUUAUUGGACAAUCCGGUGAAAAUGAAAAGACUACAGCAAGCAAUUGAAAGACAGAAGGAGGGAAAGAAGAAAAAGUCAAAGAAGAAGAAACACAAAGCUAGAGACUCAGACAGUGAUAGUGAUGAUGAUUUAAUGUCAGCAUAUCUUAAUAUUUUAAACUCUAAACAUAAAGGUGGUAAAUCAGUUGACAAGGGAGGUAAGUCUAAGGACAGGAAAAGACAAAGGGAGCUAAGUGCAGAUGAAGGUGGUCGUAGCCAUAAUAACAAUAAAUCAAGGGAAGAAACCUAUCGGCAUGAAAGAGAUAGAGAAGAUUCAAGAGAAAAUGAGAGGAGAAGAGGAAAAUACGAUGAUAGGGACAGUGUUGAUAAUGAUAAUAGAUACAGUGAUAGAAAUAGAUAUGGUGAUAGAUAUGAAUCAGGGAGAAAAUCACAUAGAGAAACUGAAAGUAGAGACUGGAGAUCUGAACAAGGUAGAGGUGAAAGAAAUAGAGUUAGAGCACAUUAUAAUGAACAACAUGAUUCAGAUAGGAAACACAGAGGCGAUAAGUAUUACAGGGAUGAUGGUAGGUCCUCUAGAAGAGAUAGUGAUAGGGAAGAUAGAAGUGGGUAUAGUGACAGAUAUAAUGAUAGAGACCGAUAUAAUGAUAGAGUCGAAUUGGAAAGAAUAUCACAUAGAGAUGAUAGGAAUGAGGACAGAUAUUCUCGGUCCGAGAGAGAUCGAAAUGAAAGGGAUGGUUACUAUGACAGGGAUAGACACAAAAAUAACAGCAGAUCUAAAUAUGAUGAAAAACAGAACCAAAGAAAUAGAGCAGCUUCAUCUGAUUCUGAUUCUGAAACAGAGAAAAGAUAUAAAAGUAGUAAAAAGGCAGCUAGUUCUAGACAUUAUAGUGAUAAAGGAGUGAAAUCUAGACAGGAGAAAUAUUUAAGUUCUGAUUCUGGCUCUGAGUCAGAUAGUAAAUCUGAUGACAAUAAGACAGAAAAAAAGUCUGUAAGAGGUGCUAGAAAAUAUGUGAGACAUCGGUCAUCAUCGUCGUCAUCAUCAGAAUCUGAAAAAAAGAAGUGUGUUGUUAAAGGUCAAAAGAAACAUGAUAAUGUGGUAAAAAGAAUACGACAGAACUCAUCAUCAUCAUCAUCAUCAUCUUGUAGAAAAAAUGUGAGAUCUCAACCGUCGGAGAAUAAAAAUGGCAGACAGAAUUCGCCAGCUGUAAAUAGGAAGCAAUCUGAUUCCUCUUCAAGUUCUGAUUCUCAGGAAGAAACCAAGAUUCCCAGGAAAAAGAUGAUGGAUUCGGGGAGUGAUUCCGAGAGAAAAGAAAAGCCUAAAAACUAUGGACUUGUAAUCCUGAAUCCUGACAUGGUACAAAGUCAAAAGUCACAGAAUGCAAGAAUGAAAUAUAGAUCAAGUUCAAGUUCUGAAUCACCACCAAGAAAAGCUAAACAGAGAAAAAAAUCAAGAAGCAGGACACCACCAAGACAGCCAAAGAAAAAACUGACAGAGGAAGAUAAGAAGAAAAGACUUGCAGAGAUGAUGGAGAAUGCUAAAUGGAGAGAAGAACAAAGAACCAGUAAUGUAAAACGUUAUGCCAAGGAAGAACAGAUGGAAAAGGAUAAUCAACAGAAAAAUUAUGAAACUACAGGCAGCUCAGAAUUUGUUAAUCCUAUGAUGUCCCUUCAUGCUGAGCACAGUUCUGUAGAGGAUCGUAUCAAACGGAAUAAACACAAUAUAUUACGUACAGCAGCAGAUAUGGACAGAGGAUUUAGCAAGAAAUAAUGAAAUAGAUACUACAGCAACCGAUAUGGUGUAAUGGGCACAUGAAGAAAAAAAAAGAUUUUUUUUUCAAGUAGAAGCAAUUACAGUGAACUUCAUUUUGAACAAAAACUUGCUAAACGUUAUGGCAUGUGCUUCCUGUAAUCAAGUGAUCAAAUGUAGCAGAUAAAAUGGACACUCGGUGUUAAGAAAAACUAAAGUAUUUAUUACAGACUGAGAGAUGUGUCAAUAAAAAUACCAAUUUUUCUCACUGAGCCACAUUUAGACAGAGAGUAGAUAUAAGCAAAUUUACGUUGUAAAGUGCAGCAUACAUGUAUCUCUAAGGGGGUUUGGAAAAAAAGAAUUAGACAAUAUUAAACAUAACUGAAAUAAAAAAAAAAAUCACUUUCAUACAUCAUUGAUUAGAUCAGUAGGGAAAGUACAGAUCUACGUAUUCCGGGGUCAUACAUUUGUAAGUUUGAUCCCCAAGUAAGGCGUUCUUCGUGACAAAAUCAUGAAAGAUUCUGAAAUUAUUCGUCAUCCCCUUUUAACUUAUGUGGGGAUGUUUGUGGGUAAUUACUGAGAACAGUAUUGUACUGGAGCAGAAUCCAGGAACACUGGUUAGUUUAACUGCCUAUCGUUACAUAACUGAAAGUUAUACCCAAAACACAACAAACCGAUAUGACUGACCAAUGAAACAGGUUACUUUCGCUUACAAAUUGACCCUCUCAAUAUUUGUUUAGCAGAUCUGUGUUACAGCCUGAAUGUUGAAGGAUUUUUAGCUCACUUGUCACAAAGUGACAAGGUGAGCUUUUGUGAUCGCGCAGCGUCCGUCCGUCCGUGCGUGCGUCCGUGCGUAAACUUUUGCUUGUAGAGGUCACAUUUUUCAUGGGGUCUUCAUGAAAAUUGGUCAGAAUGUUCAACUUGAUGAUAUCUAGGUCAAGUUUGAAACUGGGUCACGUACGGUCAAAAACUAGGUCAGUAGAUCUAAAAAUAGAAAAACCUUGUGACCUCUCUAGAGGCCAUAUAUUUCACAAGAUCUUCAUGAAAAUUGGUCAGAAUGUUCACCUUGAUGAUAUCUAGGUCAAGUUCUAAACUGGGUUACGUGCCUUCAAAAACUAGGUCAGUAGGUCAAAUAAUAGUAAAACCUUGUGACCUUUCUAGAGGCCAUAUUUUUCAUGGGAUCUGUAUGAAAGUUGGUCUGAAUGUUAAUCUUGAUGAUAUCUCGGUCAGAUUCGAAACUGGGUCACGUGCGGUCAAAAACUAGGUCAGUAGGUCUAAAAAUAGAAAAACCUUGUGACCUCUCUAGAGGCCAUACUUGUGAAUGGAUCUUCAUAAAAAUUGGUCAGAAUGUUCAUCUUAAUGAUAUCUAGGUCAAGUUCGAAAGUGGUUCACGUGCCUCAAAAAGUAGGUCAGUAGGUCAAAUAAAGAAAAAACCUUGUGACCUCUCUAGAGGCCAUAUUUUUCAUGGGAUCUGUAUGAAAGCUGGUCUGAAUGUUUAUCUUGAUGAUAUAUAGGUCGUGUUUGAAACUGGGUCAACUCCGAUCAAAAACUAGGUCAGUAGGUCUUAAAAUAGAAAUAACUUGUGACCUCUCUAGAGGCCAUACCCUUGAAUGGAUCUUCAUGAAAAUUGGUCAGAAUUUUCAUCUUGAUGAUAUCGAGGUCAAGUUUGAAACUGGGUCACGUGCCUUUAAAAACUAGGUCAGUAGGUCAAAUAAUAAAAAAACCUUGUGACCUCUCUAGAGGCCAUACUUUUCAUUGGAUCUGUAUGGAAGUUGGUCUGAAUGUUCAUCUUGAUGAUAUCUAGGUCGAGUUUGAAAAUGGGUCAACUGCGG